ACAUAUCCUUCUAGUACAAGUCUGAGUUAUCUACACACGUUUUAAUCUCCUGCUAAAGAAAUGUGUAACAGACAACUCUUUCAUAUUUAAGCCAAAAUAAUUAAAAUAAAUAGGUUAACUUCAUUUUAAAAUUAAAAGGAAAUUAAACUUUAUUGGAAUACCUUGAAAUAUGAUUGACGACGAGGCUGAUGUUUCUUUUAAAGAGUUGGUAAGUUUUAGCUACACGAUAUUUAUAAUUAUAAUUUAUAAUGAAUAAUAAUGUCUGUACUACUGUAACUGUACUGUACUCUGAUGAGUCUGAUGACAUUAUUAAUUAUGAUUAUGAAUCAUGAAUAUCAUGAUACUGAUUGUAAAUUAUUAUUGACUAAAACUAAAUAGUAAGGAAUUGAAAGAUUGUUGUGGUUGUAUUGACGGCUAUGGCCCUCAUCAUUGUCAAUAGUAUAGUAUUAGUAUGGCUAAAAAUAUUAAUUUAUCAUGUAGAUGUACCUGGGUAAUCCCUCCUUAUACUAGAAACUAGAAGCCCUAAAAACUCAUGAGACAUGAUAAAUUAAAUAGAUAAAUUAAAUAGUGGAACAAGCUGAUAUUAUUAGUGUUAGUCAGUCUUGAAAAGGAAAGUAAAGAAAAGAUAGAACAGUUAAUUAGAAUUAGAGGGACUUUUAAUUUUGGUAAAUUUACGCAAUCUGUGCCAUGGCAUUUUGCAUAGCCGCCUUUGUGGUUGUCAUGACCUGUGCCUAUGAAGGUCACAAGUUAUGCAACCAAGAUUUUGAUGGGGGCUGUGUAAAAAUCAAAGUGACACUAACACACGUCUGGUAAAUCGGGGAGGGUAAAGAGGAUGAAAAUGAAUUUUCAAACAAAAACUCCUUUUAUAAAAAUGAUCAGACCAGCAAAUGGACCUCACUUUUAUAAAAUAAUUAACCUCUCUUUGAAACAUUAAUUUAAAAAAGUCAUCAAUCAAAGCAUUCCAUUGGCAUAUUAAUAUUUAAAAAAAGAAAAGUCAACUCAAUUAACAAUUCAAAGCUAAAAAAAAGAAGGGUUCACACUGAUUCACACAUACACAGAAACUCAGGGUGGUGCCGGAGUGCCUUAAUCACAAAUUAGGAUUUUGAUCGCUGUUCUGUUCUUAUGAGAUACAAGUUUCUCUCGCCCACCCCACCCCUGUUUUUUUAAUACAUUGAUACAAAUGUGAAGGACUUUUAUUGAGUGCAUAUAUUGCAAGAGGUUCUGAGUUAUUCUCAUCUUAUUAUUUAUUCUUUAACCAAUCAAUAGACAACAAUUUUAGCCAUGCACGCAUAUAUUUUACCUGUGGCUGUUUGGCUUGAAUUUCUUUCUUUUCUUUAGAACCUUGUGAGUUGAAUUUUAAUUAAUACAUAUGGAAAAUUUCAUUUGUAUACAGUAUACUGGUAUAUUACAUAUAAACGCUAUAGGUCUUAGGUUAUGACACAAAUAGUACUCCUUAAAGAACAGGAAAGCUACCAUACACGUCAUUCAGUGCCAACUAUGGAACGAUCUACAACCAACAAGAUUUAGUGAAUCUCUGCAGCAAGGAGUAUACAUAGGUCAUAGCAUGCUUAUUUAACUAUCUUUAGAACUUGUUGCUGCAGUCCUUUGUAUUCACACUAUAAUCCAUUCAAAUCUUAGACAAAAGAAGAGAUUUCUGCAUUGACUUGAGUCUCAGCUAUUUGACUUGGUCUGGACUAUAAGAAAUCUAUAGUUUAUGUAAGUUUUAUAGCCCUAAGGGUUUUUCUUACAGGGUGUUGUGGAUGUUCUGGCGGAGGCUUGUGAGAGACUUAAAUGGACGAAACCAACAAAGAUUCAGAAGGAAGCUAUUCCUCUUGCUUUAGAAGGUCAGUUCUUUAGGGAUGCAGGGAAGGUAAUCCAAAAGUUUUCCUACAUAAAUUCAUAAAUCAUGCAAUUUUAUGAGAGAGCUCUUGCUUCAUCACAACAAUGCUCUACAUGUCACUUUUUGUAACCCCCUCAAAUUUUUAUAGUUAUUUUUUAAAUAGCUUAUUUUUUUCUAAUAACAAAUUAUAAAUUUGACAUCACUUCAUCUAAUUAAUCGUAAAUGUUUUCCACAUAACCCUACAUGUAUAAUAAAGGUUUUUUAAUAUUUUUUUAGGCAAAGAUGUUAUUGGUCUUGCUGAGACAGGAUCUGGAAAGACUGGUGCAUUUGCUUUACCCAUUUUACAAGCAUUGCUGGAUAAACCUCAGAGGCUAUUUGCUCUUAUCCUUACACCAACUAGAGAAUUAGCGUAUCAAAUUUCAGAACAAUUUACAGCACUAGGUUCAACAAUUGGAAUAAAGUGUGGUAAGAAUCCUUGACAAAAAUUUUGGCAAAAAACAAUGUUCUCAUUAUCUAAGACCUGAACAUUUUUUAUAAGAUGUGGAAUGUUAUUAAAAUAUUUGUUAUCUGUAAUUAAAUCUUAACGUAAUCCCUUGUGUUUUCAAUAUCAUGUUGUUCCCAAUGAAAGCAGUUGUGUCACAAGUAUAUUGGGCCUUCUUGUCCUGAAUAUGUAACUUCCAUUACGUGGUACCCCAGUAUAUAAAAUGAUAACUUUUAUGAUGAGGGCCUCUGUCAGCUAAUAGUGAAAGUAAAUUAUAGAACAAUUCUGAUCUUCAAUUUUAACAGUUCUUUUUAAAAAUAGACAUUUUGUGAUAACUCCGUUGUUGGUUUUAACCAGUUUUGAGGAGUGAGCUACACUGUUUCAUACUAAAUAACUAAUAUCUUCUUUCUUUAGCUUGAUGCCUUUUAUUUUAUUCUCUUAAGCUGUCAUUGUUGGUGGUAUUGAUAUGUUUGAUCAAGCACUGAUGCUGGCUAAGAAGCCACACAUAAUUAUUGGUGAGUUUUUUUAAAAUUCAUUUUCAUCAUCUUUGCCUAAGAAUAUAGAAUUUUCAAUGAAAAGUUUUGAAACCUGGUUCUAUUUUAUGGUUUAAAACACUAAUCAUUUUUGUUCCAGCAACCCCAGGGAGACUGGUGGACCAUUUAGAGAAUACCAAGGGCUUUAGUCUGAGGGCUUUGAAAUUCCUGGUGAGUAAAAAUCUCAAUAACUCAAUUUUUAGCCUUCUGAUUUCUAUUGCUUUAAAGAAAAUCAUUAAUCCAAUUACAGGUUUUAGUGGGCCUCAUCUUACACAUAUGUAAAAUAAAAUGAACUCUGAAACAAGUAGUUUUAAUUUCAAAAGGGGUCAACCAAUCAUUAUGUAUGCCAAAGUAGUCAAAUUUAUGCCCCCCACCCCCGGUUGCACCUUUACUUUUUUGGGAACACCCCUAUGUUUAUGUUCAAUAAAUCCUUACCCACUACCUAAAGAAUAAAUAUUUAUUAAUCAUUAUGACAUUCAAGACAUUUAAAUUAAGUCAAGUCACAAUAAACCAGUGUUUCCUAACUUGUAUAAAGUCUCUGGGAAGUACUUUUCUUAUUUAUAUGGAUGGGUGGCAUUUUCAGCCAAAUGCAUUUUUUUUUUAUGUCGGGGAGUGGGGUAGUUUGCAAAAAUCUUUACCACCCUCAGAUUCGUCAUCUGGGCCAUGUAAGGGGUCUAAAGUUGUGAUGUGGACAAAUAUUAAAAUAUGGUAGUGAAAUUUAAAUGCAGCGUACACAAAAUCCUAAAGUGGAAGGAAGGCCUCCAGAAGUCUUUUGUCUUUUCUGUCUGCCCAGGGCUGCACUAACCUUAGCUACACCAUUGCUCUGCAAUAUAGGAUACAUUUUAAAGUGAUCAGCCAUUUAUUACUUAAUUUGUUUUUGCCUUGUUUAUGUUUAUGACUUGUUUAUUAAAAGUCCAAUCUCUUUGCCCGUUAUCAAUAUGACUUUGCUUACGUUCUAUCGAAUCUGUAUAUAUUUGUCAACAUUGUUUUGUCAUGAAUUACAUUUUCUGGAUUGGCAAAGUCUAAAAUUAUAUUUCUUAUAAAAUUUAUGUUAUUAAAAGUGUGUCCAGUAUGAAUAUUGAACAACUAGUUUUACAUUAUUUAAAUAAUCUUUAUGCUUGUUUACCAUAUAUGUGAAAUAUUUUACUUUCUAAAUCAAAUUGAAACCUUUAUGAUGUCAUUGUUAUCUUAAUUACCAGGUCAUGGAUGAAGCUGACAGAAUCUUGAAUAUGGAUUUUGAACAAGAGGUUAGUUAUAUUAUGCUCCAUGUUUUGCACGACAACAAAGUUUGGAGUCUAUGUACAAAGACUGUGGAUAUGUUCAUCUAGUUCCUACAAUUUCAGUUGAUAUUCUUGAAAACUUCAAACUUUUAAUUAGUUUUCUUUAACUUUUAAUUUUUUUAUGUAUAGCCGGUAUUUACAGCUAUACUUUUUCAAAUACUUUUCAGGUUGAUAAGAUUCUGAAAGUUAUCCCAAGAGAAAGAAGAACGUUUUUGUUUUCAGCAACAAUGACUAAGAAGGUUUGUCUCUAGUAUCUAGUUAUUUUGAAAUAAUUUAACAUGUUAAAGGUUAUCUGAAUUUUUUAAAAAGUACAGGUAAUAAUAAUUCUGUUUUAUUUUAAGGUUCAAAAACUGCAACGUGCUUGUCUAUCCAACCCAGCAAAAGUAGAAGUGAACACUAAGUACAAGACAGUGGACAACUUAGUACAGUCAUAUCUAUUUAUACCUGUGAAAUUUAAAGUAAGCACUGGAUACCUGACAUUUUUAACUGUUCUCCUGUUUUUGACAAAUAUCUAAGUUAGAUUGUAACACAUUUCCAAACUUAUGGGGUAAAGUUUAAAGUUCAAUAAAGUUUAUAACAGAGCUUCGUGAACUAUCUAAUAUUUUGCAUCUGCUGACUCCUAAAUCAAGGAUGUUUACUUGGUCUACAUUUUGAAUGAGCUUUCUGGAAACACUUUCAUCAUCUUCUCAAGCACCUGCAACAAUACACAAAGACUUGCCCUCAUGUUGAGAAACUUGGGAUUCAAAGCAAUUCCACUGAAUGGACAGAUGACGCAGGUGGGUACAAAGAAUUUCUUCUCCUCCUCCCAUAUAAGUUGGGGGUUGCAUCAGUUGAAUAUGCAAAUUGUUGAUUAGUAAAUUGUGGAAAUGUGCUUGUGUAAAAAAAAAUUUCUCUUAUAUUUAUAUUGUAUAGAAUUAAAUUAUUUAGCUGUAUGUCAGAUUCUUUUUUCCUUGUACUGUUUCAUGUUCUAGAAUUCACAAUAUCAGGAAGGGAGUAUGAGUCAUGGCUGCUUUAAAUCCAUGAUUGGAUUAUCUGUUUUUGUGAAUAUGGAGACUAUUUAUUUGGUUUUGCCUGUAUCUAUUAAUUAUUAUAUUGUCACAGUAAUACAAAGAGGAUCAUUUAUUGAUCCAUCAUUGUCCUCAACUGUCACAGUGAUCCGGGUUAUUAUUUUUUUAGGUGUUACACCUAAUAUGAUAUUAAUGGUAUAUGUUCUUGAAUUAUGUUUCGAUAUUAAUUUUUAAAGGAAAAAAGACUUGGGGCCCUAAAUAAAUUCAAGAGUAAGAGCAGCUCUAUUCUCAUUGCCACAGACGUUGCCAGCAGGUAUGGUUUUUCUGAUUCUGGUUAUUGUUAUAUACUUAUUAUUAUAAUUAUAGACUAACAAUAGGUGAAUAUAUAAUGUCAUUGUUGGUUGAGUUCAGUAUGUUACCUGUGGAGCAUCAUAAUACUUUUUUCAUUUCAGAGGUCUUGACAUUCCACAUGUGGAUGUAGUGAUAAAUUUUGAUAUCCCCACACAUUCAAAAGACUACAUCCAUAGAGUUGGUCGGACGGCAAGAGCAGGUCGGGCAGGGAAAGCCAUUACUUUUGUAACUCAGUGAGUAACUUGGAGCAUAGCCAUGCUUAUUAAUUUGUCAGAAAUACUUAACUGCUGCAUGUUUCUCUACUGGUUAACAGUUCAAAGUUAACAGUCUAAUUGGUGUAUGUUUGCCUCAUUCAGGUCAAAUUGUGACUUAAUUUAAUUCAAAAGUUCAAUUCCUUAAGGCUGGUUACCAGAGUUAAUUACUAACUCCACUGAACAUAAUGGAGUAACUCAAUUUUCAUUUGAAAUAUUUUGACUUAAAAAAGUUCCUAAAUGUCAAUGGGUUUUGUGAAACAGCAGUGAGAGAUUGGUUAUGUCACACUGGGCCACAUUGCGCAUUUAAUCAUAGCCUGUUGGAAUGCGAUAAUUAAACUUUCACUCGUUAAUACAUUUAUUUACACUUAUUCAGUGCAGACAUUUGGUUGCUUUUAAUUUAUAAUCAAGUCAAAGGUUAUUGAGCUGAGCAACAAUUUCUAAAAAAAAUGUACUUCCAAGGUGAACAAUUUCUAAAAAUAUAUCAGCUACCGUGUGUGAAACAAAUGGUUGUCUCCUUAACGUAAUUUGUUUAAAAAGUUACUUCUCAUAAACUGAGAAGUUCAUGCGACUGAAUGUUUAUAUCCUUAGGUAUGAAGUUGAACUUUACAAGAGGAUUGAGGAACUCAUAAAAAAACAACUUCCUCUCUAUAAAACAGAGGAGGAGGAAGUUAUGCAGUUAGUUGAGCGAGUCAGUGAGGCUCAAAGAUAUACCAAAAUUGUGAGUACAACUAAAGUGCACAUUUAGAGAACUCAACCCAUUGGCUAAUUCAAGUAUUGGUACUAACUUUUAACUUUAGCUCUCUGACACCUGAAAGCUAUGCAUGGGAAGAUCAUAAUUAAGUAUAUCUACCCUAAUCUUAUGAAAAUAAUUGUUUAAACCACUAAACAUCAUGCAAUUUUAACAAAAAACAAACAUUUAAGUAUAGAAAAUGAAUGAAAUUAAAAAACAUAUUUAUAAAUGAUCAUUAAUAGUUUUAAAAAUUUCCGCUUCAUUUUAGUGCAUGGUUUUAGGUGAAUUUAGGUUUUGGAAAAGCAUAUCUUGCAAAGGUUCCACUUUACACAUAAGACAGCCAGUUGUCUCCCUGGUUCUACCACUCAGCAUCUUGUUAUCAUCAAUGGAAUAAGUGGUAACAUCAAUAAUUUCUGCCAGGAGUCUGUCUCACACGGGCCGGUGGUUUUCCAGGCACAUCUGUUUGUUUCGCAUGGCAUAAACUGCACCAUUUCAUAAGUCAUAAACAUUCAGAAAUAAUCUGCCAUUAGUAGGACGGUUAUGAAUUCCACCUUCUAUUUCUGUAAAUCUUUCUAUCUGAUAAGCUGACAUUAGUCAAAAUGCCUGAACCACACUCUGUGACAUUGUUACAUCAUAUUCAUCAGUAUCAUGAUUAUCAAAGAUUCUGAUUCUAAUGGCAAUGCAAUCUCCUUUAAAUAUUCAAAAUCAUAGACUCAUCCCCAUGGUAAGAAUUGUUUAUGAAUUAAAAAAAGCACUAGACCAGCAAUCAUAAUAAAACUGAAAAGUAAUAAACGGACAUCAAAAAAAAUUCACUAAAACUAGUCCAACUUCAAACAAGAUAGCUCACUGAGAUAAAAAAAAAAACGUCUUUUGGAAAAAAAGAGAAAAGAAAUACCAGGUACCGAUACCCAAUUUUCAAGUAUCAAUUCUAUUUGCACAGAGUCAAGGCUUUUCAUGAUAUGGAAAUGUUAUGUUUCUGAUUACUAGGUUUUUUGUGUGUUUUUUUUUUUUUUUUUUUUUUACCAAAAUUUACCUUUUUUAUUUCAGGAAAUGAAAGAUGCAGAAGCAAAGAAGCUGGCUGCAAGAAAAAAGAAACGAGGGCAAGAUGAUGAUGACACAGAGUUUCUAUUUGCACAGAGUCAAGGCUUUUCAUGAUAUGGAAAUGUUAUGUUUCUGAUUACUAGGUUUUUUGUGUGUUUUUUUUUUUUUUUAUUUUUACCAAAAUUUACCAUUUUUAUUUCAGGAAAUGAAAGAUGCAGAAGCAAAGAAGCUGGCUGCAAGAAAAAAGAAACGAGGGCAAGAUGAUGAUGACACAGAGGAAGCAACAGGUGUGAGAGAGAAAUUUAAGAAGAAGCGAAAGGCAUAACGCCCAGAUAGAGAGUUAUGUAAAUAUAUGUUGUGGCCUUUGCAUUAGUUGACACUGAAUAUCGGACUGAUAUACCUGACUCACAGGACUUAACAUUAACAUGAAUAAAAAAAUAAUUUUUUCAAACAUAUGGUUUUCUUCUUCUAUCCCAUGUUUGUAUGAAAUGUACAACAGAUUAAUGUUGGAGGCACAAUGCCCCUCACUCAAAAGAUACAAAACAUGACAGACACAUCAAAUAAACUUUGACCACUUGCAAAUUGUGAUAGGGCAUGAGGGACAAUG